AUGGAGCCGUUGAUGGAGGAGGAAGAGUACAACUGGCGGGAAGUGAUUCUGCCGUCACUGAUACCGGUGGUGGCCGCGCCGGAGCUCGAUCGGGAAACCGGCGAGAGGAGGAGGGGCCGCGACGUGAUCGUGGCCGUCGAUCACGGGCCCAAUAGCAAGCACGCAUUCGACUGGGCCUUGACCCAUCUCUGCCGUCUGGCCGACACCGUCCACCUCGUCCACGCCGUGUCCAGUUUUAAGAACGAGAUUGUGUAUGAGAUGACUCAAGGCUUGAUGGAGAAGCUUGCGGUGGAAGCAUUUGAGAUUGCUAUGGUGAAGACAAAGGCAAGGAUUGUGGAAGGAGAUGCAGGCAAGGCAAUAUGCCGUGAAGCCGAGAGGCUGAGACCUGCGGCAGUUGUAGUGGGCACAAGGGGCCGUGGCUUUAUCCAAAGUGUAAUACAGGGCAGCGUUAGCGAAUACUGUUUCCGUAAUUGUAAAACAGCGCCGGUUAUAAUUGUUCCUGGGAAAGAUGCCGGGGAAGGGUCUGUUCUGUGA